CUUGUACCCACUCUUAAAACCGUCUCAAUGAACCAGAGACUGUCUCGUUUCUCCCGCCAAUUGAUAAUACCAUGAAAUUAGGGUUUACGAAGCUUUUAAUCGUCUCUCCUUCCCAAUUUCUUCCAGAAUGGCCGACGAAGAAGAUUCUCUCUCUCAAUUCGAUAUAUCCAAAGAGGAAACGGAUAAGUUAGUUUCAGAGGUGAUUAGAUUCAUACUGUUCAAGUUUCACCAAAGCUCAGGAACUCCAAUUAAAAGAGAAGAUUUGACUCAGAUUGUUACUAAGAACUAUCGUCAACGAAAUCUCGCUACACACGUGAUUAACGAAGCGAAGAAGAAGCUCUCUAAUGUCUUUGGUUAUGAUUUGAAAGAACUUCAACGUGCUCGUUCUUCUUCUACUGGUCAAUCUAGGCUUCCUCAGUCACAGAGUUCUGUUGACUCGAAAUCGUAUGUGCUUGUUAGUGAAUUGCCGUUGGAAGUGUUUAAGAAACAUGUUGUGGAUGAAACCACGAGUCCUGUGACUGGCUUUACGUUUGUGGUUCUUGCCAUUGUGCAGCUUGCAGGUGGUAAAAUCCCUGAAGAAACCCUUUGGCAUCAUUUGAAGCGAAUGGGAUUGCAUGAAAAUGAUGAGCAUAAUCCUGUGUUUGGGAACAACAAGCAGACCCUGGAGACAUUAGUCCAACAAAGGUGAGACCUUUCGUUAACCUUGUGCAUAACUCUGCAAGGAAUAAACGACUGAGGUGGUUUUCAUAGUUCUUCUCAAAAGGUUUCGUCCUUUUUACAGGUUCUUGCAGAAGGAGAAAGUAAGUGGCCCUGAGGGUAGUACUUUGUUUUACGAUCUUGCAGAGAGAGCGCUAGAUCCUCAAGUUAGCGAGAAAGUAAAAGAUUACAUUUCACAGAUCCUUAAGAAUGAUGUAGCAGUUGUAGAGCUUAAUGAUUAGAGGAAGAUUUGGCCUUAGAGACUUAACCAAACAGAUUGGUGCAUGUCUUUGACUCAUGUAUUUUGUAAAAUUGCCUUGAUUAUGCAAUGUGAGAUGUGAAGUUUCUUGAGAAAACAAGAUAAGCAAUAGACCAAUUCUGAUAUAAUAUUGACAAAAAAAUAUGAA